AUGGAAUGGGCUGACACAGAGGUCAACAGGGGGGGUUCGAAGAUAUUCGGAUGGCCUGCGUCCAAGGUGGAGACUGCGCUGCGCAAUUACCAGAAUGGCAGGACGAAUGCCAAACCGAUCUCGCGCUGGAGUUUGACGCUGAAGGACUUAUCUGGCUGGUUCCUCAAUGGCGUCCUCCGCCUGAUGAUUGGCACGCUCCACAUGCGCGGGGUGCUGUGGGUCGGGAAGUCCAGAGUUGGCAAGAGCAACGGUUCGAAGACGCUUGCUUGGGUUCAUUCGGCGUACAGCAUACAGAAGAAGGGCACCGCCGAUGAGAUCACUUUCCUGACGGUGAAGCAUAUGGAUUUCUUCAAGGGCGAGCCGACGACGGAGAUCCUCCCUGGCAUUUUCGACGACGGCCUGCUUCGGAAGGUAUCCGCUGAUGUGCUCAUGGCUUUCUUGAACCCCAAGGAAGAGGACGCUCUGCUGUGGGCUCGGUGGGGCGGCUGCGCUUUCGAGCAAGGGUCGUGCAGACAGGCCGUCGCGAACCCCUACGACCGCGACGCGGAGAAGGAUGUCAUGACAGAGGAGGACUUCAACGCCAUCCUCGCCAGGGCGCACGUCAUCGUGGUGACGGACCUCGGCGUGCAUUGGCGCGCGGCAUCCGCCAACCUGCAGGAUGGUGCAGAGUUCAUGCCGUGGCCCAACCCCAGGAGCCCCGACCUCUUCGUCAGCGAAGUGCGGGACGCGACGUCGCCAGCCAUCCGCCCGCUCCCCUCAGACUACGCCGAAAAGAUGGCUUGGUCGAUUGGGUACAUGAGCAAUGUGGUCGCGGGCCUUGACGUGCCCACUAUUGCGACUGUCCAUGUUGCUCCUAUCUUCGGCGAUGGCCCUGCGCGCGUUGUCUCCGCUGUCGGCAACGUUUCAGGGUUCGUUACAGGCGCGGCCAGCGCUCCGCCAGCCGCCGCGGUCGCUGCGGCGUUUUCCCAGCCGCCCGCCGAGUUGCCCCAGGAGGAGGACGCGUUCGGCUUCGGCGGCGGAAUGGACGAACCGCCAGAAGACAGCUUGCGCGCCGCCAGCUCCGCGCAGCCCAACAUCGUUGGGCGUUGCGGCGAGCUCACCAAGGAGGACCAGGACGAGCAGCUCGCGAUUUUCAAGAGCCUCGCCAAGGCGCACCACGGUGCGUUCGAGGACUUGUCCUCGCCUCCGCCAGCGAAGAGGGCGAGGGGGCUCAUGUUGGGCUGCGGCGGUCCGUUGUCACCCGUGGAUGCCGAUGAGCAGAGGGCGAUCUUCGCUUCCAUUGCCGCCUCGGCCCACGGUGAAACGAUCGACGUCGAGGAUGACGACGGUCUGUCGGCAGAGCUCGCGCGCGUGAUUGACGAGGGGGGGCCGCCCUCUGAGUCGGCGACGGCGCGCCGCAGCGAGGCUGACUGA